AUGUGGUGGGGCCUGUGUCAGCUUUCUCCUUUGAUUCUGUCUAUAUGCUCACUAGCUUUAACAGCACGUCAGGCCACAGCUACAGCGCACAGAGAGCUUGAGGCAUUGCCUUCCCAGAGAAGAAGCAGCAGAGAUGUUAAUUCUCCAGCUCCUGUUGACUGUCAGCUGAGCCAGUGGUCAGAAUGGACUGAUUGCUUUCCUUGCCAAGAGAAAAAACACCGGUACCGGACGCUGGUGCAGCCAGCGCGGUUUGCAGGGCGGCAAUGCACAGGGCAUCUUUGGGAUGAGCAAGCUUGCCGUACCGAGAAGACAUGCACUGGACCCCCCAGCUGUGGGAAGGACUUUCAGUGUGAGGAAACAGGUCGCUGUAUUAAACGACAUCUUGUGUGCAAUGGGGAGCCAGACUGCAGAGAUGGGUCUGAUGAGGAUAACUGUGAGGAUGAAGAUAUUGAAAGCCCUUGUGAACAUCUGUUCUCAAUCCCAGGGUCAGAAAAAGCAGUCCAAGGAUACAAUAUCCUAACACAGGAAGGGAGACAGUACAUAUAUGACCCUAAUUUUUUUGGAGGCCACUGUGAGUAUGUCUACAACGGAGAGUGGCGGGAGCUGAAGUAUGAUGCUGCAUGUGAACGUCUGUACUACGGAGAUGAUGAGAAGUAUUUCCGCAAACCUUACAACUUCCACAUAUACCAGUUCCUAGCUCAUGCUGAUUCUGGAUUCACUUUUGAGUUUUAUGAUGAUUCAAAGGAUCUGCUUGAUGCCCUUAAAAGUGAUAAAUCCAAAACAAAAGGCUUUACCAUUGGAAUCGGGUCUACAGCAUCAACGUUUCAGUUAGACCUGGGCUUCACUUUAUCAGGUGGCAAAGGAUCCCUGAAGAAUUUCACACAAUACGCUACAAAGGAGGUUGUUUUCAUUAGAGGUGUGACAAAGGUGCAGACAGCCCGUUUCAAGAUGAGAAGGGACAACAUUGUUUUGGAUGAAGAUGUGUUGCUCUCCCUGCAGGAGCUUCCAGACACCUAUAACUAUGGCAUGUAUGCCAGAUUCAUCAAUGACUAUGGUACCCAUUUCAUAACAUCUGGCACAAUGGGAGGCGUCUUUGAGUACAUCCUUGUUAUUAACAAGGAGGAAAUGAGAAGAAAAGGCAUCAGCGCUGAAGAGAUAAGUGCCUGCAUGGGCUGGUCAAUUGGCCUUACAGAGAGCAUGAAUAAAGUGCAUUUGGGAGCAUCCAUAUCAUCCUCUGACUGUGCAAAGAAAAGAUUUCUGGAAACAGUCAACUUUUCAGAUGCUGAGAGCAACAGUGCAGUUGUAGAAGAUAUUAUUCCCAGGAUUAGAGGUGGAGAUAGCAGUUACAGCGGAGGACUCUUAAACAGUUGGGAUGGCAAUAUGUAUCGUCACUGGGGAAGGUCAUUAAAAUAUAAUCCUGCUGUUAUUGAUUUUGAGCUGCAGCCCAUCCAUGAAAUUCUCCGUAGAAGCAACCUCGGCAACAUGGAAACCAAGCAUCAACACCUGAAACGGGCUUUGGAUGAUUACCUGUUGGAGUUCAAUGCCUGCCGCUGUGGGCCAUGCCAGAACAACGGUGAACCUGUUUUGGUGGGAAACACGUGUUUCUGCCAGUGUCAACCAGGUUACAGAGGCCCUGCCUGUGAGCAGACGAAGCGCCAAGGCAGCAAGACGGACGGGCACUGGAGCUGCUGGUCAGACUGGAGUCCCUGUCAGUCGGGCACAGCACGGCGCAGCAGGCACUGCAACAAUCCGGCCCCGCAGCAUGGUGGGAAGCCCUGUAUGGGAGGCAACCUGCAGAGCAAAGGCUGUUGA